AUGAAGAUCCCCAUCAAGUCCGUCAUUUCGAAGACCGACGUCAACAAGCUCCGAAAGAAGCGUCAAGUCAAGGCCAAGAAGUCCGCGAUUUUGCAGAAGAACUUUCGUCGUCUCAACGAGUCUAGCACCGCCGACAAAGUCCAGCAAGACCUUAUUGACGCAGUUUCAAGAGUCCAGCGAAUCACCAAGCACUUCCAAGCGACUAUCCUCAAGGAGUUCGGUACCAGCGACAUACAACUAGUCAAGCGCACCAACCCAAUCUUACGUUUGAUCGACUCUUUCACUUCCGAGUUUCGACCCUCAUCUCCAAGUCAAUUCCCGAUACGAUCGACGACAUCACAAAAGGAAAAGCUUCUCCCAAUCAACAAGUCUCGAGGUUAA